UAAAAUAAAAAAGAAGGAAGAGAAACCCCGGGGCUUCUGUUUUUCUCUAACAUGCGCCUGACGCGCCCUCCUCCCCUAUUCGCCACCACCAUCAUGCGCUCUUCCUCAGGCUCCUCCUCCUUCACCGCCACGUCAUCCUCCUCUCCGUCCCCGAAACCCAAAUCCUCAAACCCUAACCACCACUCCAAUGGCGGCAGCAACCAGAAUUGCACGCUCCUCUGCAAGCACUCGCCGUCGGCGACUCUGGACCUCCUAAUCCUCAUCCUCGUCCUCUUCUCCGGCACCUUCCUCAUCACCUCCUACUUCUCCUACAUCUUCAACUCCCUCUCCCUCCUCCUCUCCCACUCCGCCCCGCACCUCCAGUUCCUCCCGAUCCCCUACCUCCUCGGCUUCCUCUUCUUCUUCGUCGCCGCCCUCCUCUUCGUCGAGUUCUGCUGCGGCGCCCGAUCGCGCAAGUGCGACCGCCACGGCUGCAAGGGCUUGAAGAAGGCCAUGGAAUUCGAUUUGCAGCUGCAGACGGAGGAGUGUGUCAAGACCGGGUCUAAGGAGAUCGAUAAGUUGCCCUGGAAGGGCGGGAGUGACUCCAAUCCCGAUUACGAGUGUCUCCGGUCCGAGCUCCGGAAGAUGGCUCCGCACAAUGGCCGUGCCGUCCUGCUCUUUCGGGCGCGGUGUGGGUGCCCCGUCGCCAAGCUUGAAGGCUGGGGUCCCAAGCGAGGCCGCCGGCAUAAGAAGGCUCUGGCUAGUACGAUUCCCAACGGAGGAGACAAUCGCUGAUUGUUCCGGAUGCUUUCUUCAUUGGAGUUUACAUUACAUGUUCUAUCAUUUACCUGUCAGAUUAUAAUCUAUAGACAUUUUUUUCUUUAUUUCUGGAUGAACUCCAUUCUCAAUCGAAACAACCUUUUUCUUAAUCAUAUAUUUCUGCUGGCACACAUAUAUGUCGGAAACAACCUUGUCUAGAGUCUAGACAAACAUAUUCUUGAGCGAUUGUCUCAUCUGUGUAAGGGUAUAACAAACUGAAUUAGAAUAAACAUAUGAAAUGUUAAUUGGAUA